AUGGAGUCCCAACCUGAAAUGCCGUUCGUCAACGCCAUAAUAACCACUUUCCCGGGUCUCCCGACCUACAACCUCCCCCUCCCUGCCUCCACUCCAGUCUCUUCCAUCCUCCCCCGUCUCCGUCCUCUCCUCCCCCAAGCUCUCCUACAUUCCCGUCUCCUCCUAACUCCAACCUCAUCUCACUACCACCCCCCCUCAGCCACCCUCUCCACUUUAACAACAUCAUCAUUCCUAACCCUCCGCCUGCACCCCCCCCUAUGCGGCGGAAAGGGAGGUUUCGGCUCUCAACUUCGCGCCGCGGGCGGCCGCAUGUCAAGUCGGAAAAAGCGCGGCCAGCAGGAAAACAACGACUCUUGUAGGAAUCUUGACGGACGUAGAAUGCGUACUGUCAAAGAGGCGAAGGCGCUAGCAGCGUAUUUGGAGAUCAGGCCCGAGAUGGAGAAGAAGGAGCGGGAGGCUAGGAAGGAGAGGUGGAGGAAGAUCGUCGAGGAGGCAGAGAGGGGAGGGAGGAAUGGCGGUGCAAAUGCGCCGAGGUUCGAUGAUUUGGAGUGGCUGGAGAGUACAGAGGAGGAGAGGGUUCGGACUAGGGAGGCGGUGGAGAAGGUUAUGAAGGGGUUGGAGAUGGGGGGAUUGGAUGAGGAGGGAGGAGGGGAAGGGGAAAGCUCCGGGAGUGGAAGUGACGCGGAGGUGGAUGACGGUUGCGUUGAUAAUGCUGUCGGUGAAGGGAGUAGCGCCGCUCCUCCUGCGAAGAAGGAAGCCAAGGAGAUGAGGUUCUCGGGCUGGGAUGAAGACGAUGAAUUCCUUAGCAGCGAUGAGGAGAUGGGUGACAUCGCCGAGGAAGACGAAGAGGAGGGACCAGUCGAAGGAAAAGGCAAAGGAAAACAGCCUGCUUGA